GGUUACUUUAUCACAUCCCAACCUCUUGACAAUCCUACUGCUCCUUUGUUGUGGCUAAACCACUCCAGCGCAGAUGGACACUUGAUAAAUGGAUCCAUGUGUUUUAAUUUGGGCACAUUUACUCCUGGUCAGACGUAUGAAGUUGGAGUUGUUGCUCUGAAGGGAAAUGACAGGAGCGAGAGGUCUAGCGUCAUACACACCACAGCUCCUAUGCCAGUGCAGGUAGCAGUGCCUGUCUCGGUGGGUACAAACUAUGCACAACUGUACAUCCAGCAUCCACAACUGGGUGUGAUGGAUGGCGUAAAAGUGUGUGCGUGUCCUGGAGACUGGGAUACUGUUUGCAAGGGUUUGGGCAACUAUCUGUGUGACUGGUACUCCCUCACUGCUCACGUUCAUCUCAUAAACCUCAGCAACCUCAGUCCGGGGUCACCGUACCAGCUCAGAGUGCACAGCACGAGCCGAGAGCAGUUGGGACCACCAUACUACAGCCGCCUCUUUAGAACAAGUCUGGCUCCUCCUAGCAGAGUAAGGGAGGGUCAGGUGACAGAUACAUCCAUUGAGCUGCUUUGGGAUCCUGCACCAGGCCAGGAUCACAGCUAUGAGGUCAUCUGUCUCAACUGUGAAAGCUCACAGAAGGUGCAGAAGGUGUUGAGUCAGAGUGCAGUAUUUUCAGGUCUUACUCCAGGCUCGCUUUACCGAUUCGAAGUACGGACAGAGAAGCAGUCCUUUACUGACAGUUCACCAGUUACGAUUAAUAUCACUGCAGCUUCCAGCCCAGUGGAGGUCUCUCUUGUCAAUAAAACCACAUCAUCCAUAUGCAUUAGUUGGAGUAUGUUGAGGGGAUUGGUGACUACGCUCAUCCUGUCGAUCAAAAACAGAACAAGCACUCAGGAGCUGAUCACAUCUUAUCAGGAGCCCAGAUUAUUCUGCUUCAAGUGCCUCGCUUCUGGAAGCCAGUACACAGUUGAAGUUACUACCAUCAGUGGGGACAGAAGAAGUAAACCUGCUACUAUGACCCUCUGUACUAUUCCUGAGGUGCCACAGGAAGUGACUCUUUCAGAAAACGCAGUGACGUCUGUGUCUGUCACCUGGAGACCGCCACCAGGACAGGUGAUGCAGUACACGCUUCUUUUUGGCCUGCUGUCUGUAGACAGGAAGUCAUGGACCGAGGUGCUUGUGCAAGGCACAAGCUGUGAGGUGAAGGAUCUGAUCCCCGGAUCAGAUUAUGGGGUUAGCAUUCAGAGCGUACUGGGCUCAGACUCCAGUCAUGCGGUCCACAAAAGGUUCAGCACACGCCCAGCAGGAAUACACCAUCUCUAUGUAGAUCACCUGACCUCUUCUUCUGCGUCUGUGAGCUGGGAUAGUACACAUGGAGAGUUUGACUUCCACCGAGUGAAUGUGACCAACACUUUAGUCACGUCCACACUCACCAUACCCAAGGAGAAGCAGGUUGCUGUGGUUACAGGGUUGCUGGGUGGCUGCAGCUACAACGUGACUGUUGAAAGAGUGAAAGGAGUGACAGCAGGACGCUCUGCGUUUCUGACUGUAACUACAGUGCCAGCCCCUGUGCAAGGAUUACAUAUCACAAACCUAUCUGCAUGUGCCUUCUCGUUGCGUUGGGAACAGGCCGUAGGGUGUGUGGAUCAUUACCAAGUAAAUCUGCUACCAAACCAAGGAAAUAUCACCAUGCACCCCGCACGUGACGGAUACAUUCAGGCCGAUGUGGUAAAUGUCAGCCCCAAGACACAAUACACUGUAACAGUCACAGCAGCCUCCUCCUCGAACAUCAGCCCUGGAGUCAGCCGCAUGAUCAACAGGAAUGGGAGCGUUCCUGGUCCACCUUUAAUCCUAGAGGGAGAAGCUGUCGGCUCUAAUGGCAUCCUGCUUUCCUGGUCUAUACCGUCUAAUGCCAAAGAUUUAGAUGGAUAUGUCAUAAGGUACAAGGAGGUGUGUCCUUACCCUGACCCCGCUUUCACACAGGUGACAAAAUACCUGGAUAUACCAGAGACCCUGAUCACUGACUUCACUUCAGGAUCUACCUACCACAUUCAGGUAGCAGCUAUAUCUCCAUUUGGAGUAGGAGCAUUCAGCAAAUCUUUAUACAUAAAGACAGCAGAGUCCCCCCCUGGCCUGGUGACCAAUCUCACAGCGUACGCUCAUAACCACACCUUCGUCGUCCUCACCUGGUUCUUGCCACACCGCAUCAAUGGCCUCAUCACAAAGUUCGCCGUCAAGGCCAGAUUUGCUCGUACUGGGCAGAUUGUCCGUUUGCUGGAGGUCAAUGCAGUGGACAUCAUGACUGUAGCCCUGCCUCACUGCAAUGAUGCAGCCGAUAUCCUGUCCAGUGCGACUCUCAGUCCCUUGGAGAUAACAGCAUCAUCGCCACCCAUCACCCUCUCUGCUGUGCCCCCUGCAGCCUCUUGGAACGUACCCAUAUCAGUAGGAGUUGAUCAGCUACGACCUUAUAUUGCCUAUCUAUUUGAGGUGUCCGCCUUCACCUCUGAAGGAGAGGGACAGAUAGCCUCCACUAUGGUUCGCAUGCCAGAAUCAGCUCCAGAAGACCCGCCACAAAACUUCUCUGUAUUCAGCAUGACGUCUCGAUCAUUCUCUGCGUCCUGGAACCCUCCCAGCAUCACGACAGGAAAGUUCUCCUACGUACUCUACCUUUAUGGACCCACAGGUUUUAUAUAUGAGAACAGCACAGGAGAUACCCGUUUUGCUUUUACCGGUUUGAAACCCUACACGAGGUACAUAGUAGCCGUCCGAGCAAAAGCAGCUGGUGAGGUGGGUCCUGCAGCGAAGGGAGACAUCGUUACACCUGCGGAAGCACCCAGUGCAGUGCAGCACCUGAUGGCAAUUGCUGAGGAUUCAGUUUCAAUUCGUGUAAGUUGGAAAAGCCCUGCCCAGCCCAACGGUCCCAUAAUCCAAUACAGACUCCUGGUGCUGGUUGAGGAAACUCUGGUCCAGAACAUCACGAUGACAGCAAAUACAACUGGUUUUUAUGAAAAUGAAACACGUCCACCUGAUGUCCAUAACAGUUCAAGGAGGCAUAAAAGAGCUGCUGAGCUUGGGGUAACAGUGAGACAGGAGGUAAUGGACGUUCUGUCUGAGGAGUUGUCCUACUUGGUGUCAGAUCUAGUUCCCUUCACUGAGUAUACAUUCAGGGUCACUGCUUCCACCACUGUAGGAGAGGGCCCUGCUGCAGAUAUCACAGAGAAGACCAGGGAGCAGGUCCCUAGCUCCGUGCUUGAGGUAUCCUAUCAGAAUAUCAGCUCUACCUCCAUUCUAGUGAGCUGGACCCCACCCAUCAAUCCCAAUGGGCGGAUCACACAUUACACUGUUUAUGGUCUCAAACUGCCCAGUAAUCAAGGCCUGAAAUGGGUUACUAACACUACGAGCAUAUUGAUAACAGAUCUGGACAAGUACACUCCUUAUAAGCUUCGUGUAGCUGCAUCCACAGUUGUGGGGGAGAGCUCACUUUCUGAGGAAGAUGACAUUUUUGUUUUCACUUUAGAAGAUGAGCCCGACUCCCCUCCUGUAAACCUCACUGUGGUAAACACCACCCCCUCUACUGCCACAAUAGCCUGGUCUGCACCAGAGAAAGCUAAUGGGGCGAUCCAGCAGUAUGAGGUCCUGUAUGAGAAUGAAUCCUACUCUGCGCUGGUGAACACGUCUUCUAACAAAGUCACCCUGUUCAGUCUGAAACCAUUCUCCUUUUACAAUGUGUCUGUGAGCGCGUACACGCGUUACGGAAAUGGCAACCAGACAUCAGACACUUUAUACCUGCUAUCUGGAGAAGAUGUCCCGGGCAGUCCUCCAUAUGGGCUCUCCUAUGAAUCAGUUAGUCCCAGUGAGGUGAAUGUGACGUGGAUGCCUCCUCUGCUGCCUAACGGCGUCAUUAUUCACUACAGCUUAGAGAUUUGGAACUCCAGUCACUACCUGAACCUGACCUCGCGGACCAACUACAUCCACAUCACGCAUCUGAGGAAGUACGCACACUACCGCGUCGUAGUUCAAGCACACACAGGAGUCGGAGCGGGAAACUACAGCAGCGAGCCGCUCAACAUCACAACACUUGAGGAUGUGCCAGGUGACUCGGUCCAAAACUUGACGGCACAGAUCUUCAGCUCCACGGUAAUCAUAGUGAGCUGGGACCCUCCUCUGGAGCCAAACGGACGCCCCUACUACCUGCUCACCUUACAGGAGGCAGGCAUCGUUCCAAACAUCUCCAACCAAAAGGCUCCAGCUGUCAACAAGACCAUAAAGCACACCACAACUGACAACAUCUUCCUGUUCACCAAACUCAGGAAAUAUUUCCCUUAUGUGCUGACUGUUACCCCAGCAACUACUGCUGGCCCUGCCUACAACCAUACAAGGACAAUGUACCUGAGAACGGAUGAUGACAUUCCUAGUUCUGCUCCGUUGUUGGUGUCCACCAGGAACCUGUCUUCGUCUUCCUUCGGUGUGGUCUGGCAACGCCCUCUGGAGGCCAAUGGGGAGAUAACAGAGUACACCCUGAUUCUUGUUGGCCCGGAGGGCACCGACACAACGCAUACCCCCAACACCUCGUUCGUCUUCACUAACCUACUUCCAUACACAGCUUACAAUCUCACAAUUACGGCCGCAACUCGUAAAGGCUCGGGGCCUAGUCUGCUGCUGCAGCUGCACAGCGAUGAAAGCGGUCCCACCUCUCCUCCCCGUAACCUGACUAUAUAUAACCACACGGCAGUCUCUGUGUGGCUGAGCUGGGAGCCUCCUCUAGAGCCCAACGGAGUGGUGAUAAAGUACGGAUUUCGGAUCCAAGACCUCAUCACACAAACCGUCACACAUCGGAAUUCCUCUGGUUCAUCAACCACAGAGUAUCUCGCAGGCUUCAAGCCCCACAGCUCCUAUGAAAUCAGUGUGAACAGUUUCACCAGAGUGGGCCAUGGGAAUCAGUUCAGCAGCCCUGUGUCCUUCACAACCAAUGAGUCAGUGUCUGACGCUGUAGGGAAUCUGUCUUGCUCAGGAUUGAGCUGGGAUUCAAUUCUGUUGUCUUGGGAAAUUCCUGCCAAUCCUAAUGGGCAGAUCAUUUUUUAUGAGAUUCAAUUGGAGGUAGACCAGCAGUCCUAUAAACAUGAGGCCCAUACACCAGAGUACACAGUGACUGGGCUGUCGCCAGACCAGGAAUAUGCUCUCUCUGUAGCUGCUGUAAACUCUGCAGGACCAGGAGACAGAUUAAACUGUACAGCUUCCACCCUUUCAGAAUCAGUUCCUGCUGCCCCUCGAUUCCUCACCAUCUCUCAGGUCACACCUAACAAUGUGACACUUCAGUGGGCUCCACCACAUUCUGUUCCAGGCCUGCUUAAAGAGUAUCACAUCAUUGCACAGCUGAUUUCAGCUAACUGUGAAUCAAGCAUAUCAGUUAAAGCUCAGUCAACCCCGAAGGACGACCUGGCCCUGCAUUGCAUUGAACAUAAUGUGACAGUGUCGAUAAAUGCUUCAGAUGCGGAACAGGAACAAAGCUUCACAAUCCAUCCCGUGGCCAAAUACAGAUACUACCGCUUCAAAGUUGCUGCCGUGACCAACGCUGGAGUCGGAGACUAUACACAGUGGAAAUAUAAACGCACCAUGGCAGGAAACCCCGAUGCUCCUCCCCGUGACCUGAAAGUGACUUCCACCUCCAACAGCUUUCACAUUGCGUGGGACGCUCCAGCUGUUCUCUCUGGACUGACUUCUUAUCUUGUGCAGGUGGAUGGUCCCGGGGUGAAUAUCUCAAUAGUCAGGACUCCAGGGGAGUUAAUGACCAUUGUUGUUACUAACUUGACGGCUUUCAGUCGUUACUCUGUGACUAUCACUGCCUUCACUGGUGACUUGGAGCACGCUAGCAGUGAUGGGAAAGCCAUUGGACCCAUUUACUUUCAAACAAAGGAGGAGGAACCUAAAGACCCUCCAAAGAAUGUGACAGUUUCAGUAAUCCCAGAGGAAGUGCGUGCUGUGAAGUUGACCUUUAACCCUCCAGAGGAGCCCAAUGGAAACAUUACAGAAUACAUUGUAUACAUCUUUGAGAAGGACCAGCUGGUCAGAAACAUUAGCCUUAACAUCAUCCAAAAAGAGAAUAACACGAUGGAUGCUGUAAUAGAAGGGCUAAAGGGAGGACGAACCUACAGUUUACAGAUUUCAGCAAAGAACGGGGCUGGCAAGAGCCCACUCAGCUCACGUGUCCUGAUUACUACAGGGAUCAAAGCCCCAUCCAAGCCAACCCAAAAACCCCAGGCAAUGCUGAGCUAUGGAGGGGUUGCCAUGGUUACCCACAGGAGUAUCACCAUCCACAUGCCUGCAUGUUUCUAUAGUGACGACAAUGGACCAAUCACAAAAAUUCAGGUCAUCGUGGCCGAGUCAGGGGUGAAGGACAACAAGAACGUGACCAACUGGAAGAGCGCGUACAAUGAUCAUCCCGUCCCUUACUUUACUGACUCAGGGUUCACCAACCCCCCGUGCAGUGACUCAAGUAUGAAUGCACAUCUCAGAGGUGUGUUUAGAGAUGGUUGGUCACAGAGGUACAACCAAACUGCUGCAGAAUAUGUGAUCGGCAAGAGCGAUGACUGCACGGGCAACAACACUGAGCAUUUCUGCAAUGGACCUUUGAAGCCUAACUCCGUCUAUGUGUUUAAGUUCAGAGCCACUAACAUCAACGGGGAAUACACAGACUCUGAAUACUCGGAGCAUAUCAAAACAGCUCCAGGCGAUGGGCUGUUGACCAGAGAAGAGCAGAUAAUUCUGGGCGUUCUGCUCUCCUUCUUCUUGGCUGUGUUACUCAUCAUCAUCAUCUGUGGCUCAGUCAAGAUCCACCAGCGUAAAAAGGAAGGUGGGACGUAUUCGCCCAGAGAGGCAGAGAUCAUAGAGACUAAGUGUAAGCUGGAUCAGCUGAUCGCCGUAGCAGAUAUGGAGCUAAAACAAGAAAAACUCAACCAGUAUUCUUCAUUCUUCUUUCGACGGAAAGAGAUUUAUGUGAUCCAGCUGCUCAGCUACAGGAAAUCACUCAAGCCUGUCAACAAGAAGUCUUUUCUGCAGCAUGUAGAGGAUCUGUGUGCCAAUGACAAUUCCAAGUUCCAGGAGGAGUUCUCUGAACUCCCAAAGCUGCUGCAGGACCUGGCCACUACAGACGCCGACCUGCCGUGGAACAAGUCCAAAAAUCGUUUCCCAAACAUCAAACCUUAUAAUAACAACCGAGUGAAACUGCUGUCUGAACCUGGCACUGCAGGCUCAGACUACAUCAAUGCCAGCUUUGUCUCAGGUUAUUUGUGUCCCAAUGAGUUCAUAGCCACCCAGGGCCCUCUGCCGGGCACUGUGGCUGAUUUUUGGAGGAUGAUCUGGGAAACGGGAACCCGCACUAUCGCCAUGCUCACUCAGUGUUAUGAGAAAGGCAGAAUUCGAUGUCACAAGUACUGGCCUGAAGACAACAAGCCGAUGUCAGUGUUUAGUGACAUUCUCAUCUCAAAGGUGUCAGAGGAAGUCUUUCCUGACUGGACUAUCAGAACUCUGAAAGUAGAAAAGCAUGGCCACUACAUUUUGGUUCGCCACUUCAAUUACACAUCGUGGCCUGAGCACGGCGUUCCAGAGUCUUGCAGUACGCUCAUUAAGUUUGUCAAAGCUGUCCGAAUGCACAGGCAGGACAAUAGCACUAUUGUUGUCCACUGCAGCGCUGGCGUAGGAAGAACAGGUGUGUUUAUUGCUUUGGAUCAUCUUAUUCAGCAUGUCAGAGAUCAUGACUUUGUCGAUAUUUAUGGGCUGGUGGCUGAACUGCGCAGCGAGAGGAUGUGUAUGGUACAGAAUCUGGCCCAGUACAUCUUCCUGCACCAAAGUACGCUGGAACUUCUAAACAACAAAGGCAACAGCCAGUCGAUAUGGUUUGUUAGCUACUCUGCUCUGGAGAAGAUGGACUCCCUGGAUGCCAUGGAAGGUGAUGUUGAACUGGAAUGGGAGGAGACCACUAUGUAAAAAACUGACUAAGGAACAUCUGUGAGAUUUCUUUGGGGUGAUCCUGGAUCCUCUGUGGGCAGAUCCUGGAGAUGGAGAGGUCCAUCCAGACAAACCAAAGUAAGAGCAACAAGAGAUGAAUAUCUGCACUCAACGAUCUGUCUGAAGAACUCCACUCAGUCCACUUCAAAAUCUAUUCCCAGCACAGUCCUCUUUAUAUUGAACUUUUUGAACACUUGUUUCCAAAGACACUGCGAGGGAAAAAAGUGAAGAGCAGGGACAAAGUUCCGAAAGGACAGGAAUAAAUGAGAAAUUGUGAGCUGAUCGUGAGAGCUCUAUCACAAGUGUAAGCCUACAGGUAUUUGCACAAAUCGAUUUCACUGUCUUAUUAUUAUUAUGUAUUAUGUUCAUAUCAUCUGUGUUUUUUUUAAGGUAUUUUUUUUUCAGCCAAAGUGGUGUUGGGGCUUUUCAGUCUCUUUAUAACUGUGUUGAGAUGUUCGUUAUCUUUUCUCAAGAGUGAUUUGCAAAAUAAAAGAAA